GAGGAUUGUAAUAAUGUUUUUACAAAAGUAUACGAGAUUCAAUGCAUUUAGUAAAGAUUGAUCGAGAUCAUAUCAAGAAUUCAGUUUCGGUUUUAAACCAUAAAUGUCUAAAAUAUACAGAACAAUAAUUGCAGUUGCCGAUAGAUUUGUACCUGGUCCUAUCCGGCCACUAUGGAACCAUCCAGCUGGUCCCAAGACAAUAUUCUUCUGGGCGCCAGCAUUUAAGUGGAGCUUGGUAAUAGCUGGUUUAGGAGACAUUACCCGGCCAGUCGAGACAAUAUCCACGUCACAAACUUUGUCCCUCGCUGUAACUGGGAUGAUCUGGUCAAGAUAUUCUCUGGUGAUUGUACCGAAGAACUACAGCUUGUUUGCAGUUAAUAUUGUUGUUGUUUUUAUAAAUUGUUAUCAACUUGCCAGACUUUAUAGCUAUCAGAAAGCUGUGUGA